UGGUUUAUGCUACUGCAUUCACCUUAUCUCUUAAAGCUUGGUUAUAAUUCAAAUAAAGCAAGAGCGGCAAAGAAAUUAAACAAUGGCUGCUUCUACUUCACCAAACUUCUCAACAUCUUUGCACAGAAAUAUAAAGAAAACAUACUAUCAUUCUUUGCUAGGAAAUAGUAUAUCUUUGCAAACCAAACUUGGUUUCGCAUCUUCUGUGCCGUUCAAUAAAUCUGUAAUAAGUGUGAAAUGUUAUGGAACUGCAAAGUAUGAUGAGGUAGUGGUGGAUGAAGAAUUGGACAAGAUUAGGAGACUUCAGAAUGGUUCGGAUGUUAGAGGAGUUGCAUUGGAAGGCGAGAAAGGAAGAACGGUCGACCUUACUCCACCUGCUGUUGAGGCAAUAUCAGAGAGUUUUGGGGAGUGGGUUAUCAAUGGUUUAGAGAAGGAAAAAGGAUAUCCUGUUGAGAAUGUGAGUGUGUCUCUUGGACGUGACCCUCGAGUUACAGGGUCGAAAUUGAGCGUUGCAGUGUUUGCCGGUCUUGCUCGUGCUGGUUGUAUGGUGUUCGAUAUGGGACUAGCUACCACGCCCGCUUGUUUCAUGAGCACAUUGUUGCCUCCAUUUGUCUAUGAUGCUUCAAUAAUGAUGACGGCAUCUCAUUUGCCUUACACACGUAAUGGUUUGAAAUUUUUCACAAAGAGAGGGGGGCUUACUUCACUGGAGGUAGAAGAAGUAUGUGACAAGGCUGCUCGUAAAUAUGCAAAUAGAUUGGCCAGAGUGUCUACUCUGCUUAAAGUUCUUCCAACAAAAGUUGAUUUCAUGAGUGCUUAUUCAAAGCACCUAAGAGAAAUCAUCAAGGAGCGAAUAAGUCAUCCUUUGCAUUAUGAAACUCCGCUUAAGGGAUUUCAGAUAAUAGUGAAUGCUGGAAACGGUUCAGGAGGAUUCUUCACAUAUGAUGUCUUAGACAAGCUUGGUGCAGAUACCUUUGGCUCUCUGCAUCUCAAACCUGAUGGCAUGUUUCCUAAUCACAUUCCCAAUCCUGAGGACAAAAUUGCCAUGGCAAUGACCAGAGAAGCAGUGUUAGAAAACUCAGCUGAUCUCGGAAUAGUCUUUGAUACCGAUGUGGACAGAAGUGGCGUGGUUGAUAACAAAGGGAAUCCAAUAAAUGGUGACAAACUCAUUGCCCUCAUGUCUGCCAUUGUACUGAAAGAAAAUCCAGAAUCAACCAUAGUGACCGAUGCUCGUACGAGUAUGUCGCUGACUAAGUUUAUAACUGAUAGAGGCGGUCACCAUUGCCUCUAUCGCGUUGGUUACCGAAAUGUCAUUGAUAAAGGAGUUCAGCUUAACAAGGAUGGAAUUGAAACACAUCUUAUGAUGGAAACUUCUGGUCAUGGUGCUUUGAAAGAAAACCAUUUCCUUGAUGAUGGGGCCUACAUGGUGGUGAAAAUUAUAAUUGAAAUGGUAAGAAUGAAGCUUGGUGGAUCAGAUGAAGGGAUUGGUAGUCUUAUUAAAGAUCUUGAAGAGCCUUAUGAAUCAGUAGAACUAAGGAUAAAUAUCAUUUCUGAACCUCGAAAUGCUAAAGCAAAAGGAUCGGAGGCACUCGAAACAUUUCGAAACUACAUCGAGGAAGGGAGGCUUAAAGGGUGGGAGUUAGACUCAUGCGGUGAUUGUUGGGUGAGUGAAGGGUGCCUUGUUGAUACGAAUGACACCCCGACUCACAUUGAUGCUCAAAUGUACAGGGCAAAAGUAUCAAACAAUGAACAUGGACAACAUGGUUGGGUACAUAUGAGGCAGAGUAUACACAAUCCAAACAUUGCUGUGAACCUGCAAUCAUCUGCUCAAGGAGGUUGCUUGUCUAUGGCAAGAGCUUUCAGAGAUGAUUUUCUCAAAGCAAGUGGAGUUGAUGCAUUCCUAGACAUUACUCAAAUUGAUAAGUUUGUAGAAAAUGGCCCAUUAGCCUGAUUUACAAUAUGCAAGGUUACAAGAUUAGAUUCAGAGAAUGAUUGAUUCUCAUUAUUAGCUUCUGUAAGAAAGAAAUAGGAGAAGAAUGAUUUUGUGUUAUUAUUUCUUUCUCUACAUGAACAUGUAUAUAUACACCAUUCUCAUACAAAUAGAUUAAUGUCUGCCUAAACUAGUAAUAAUCCCAACAUAUAAUGAGUUUGAAUACUCCAUCCUGUCUCAUAUGUCAACAAAAGUAACUACUUUCA